UCAAGAGCCCAAGCUUCGCAACCUCUGACCUCAGCAUCCAAGCGUCUUGCCCACCACCAACGGGGAGCUUUUGCCCCUCCGCCUGCCACGAACCUCAAGCUCCGGCGCGGUACGUCUCAAUUGGGUAGAUAAUGGCCACCAGAGUGCUUUUGCAGCGGCGCGUUGCGCCGUUAACGGCCGCCGUGCUGGUAGGCAGUGUCGCUUUCUUACCCCGGACUGCGCACGCCGAAGCCUCCAGCGACCGCCAGUUUCCCAGGAAACCCAUCUACGAUGACGACUUCGACAUCUCACCGCUGGCGAAGCCAACACCCACAAGUCAAAUGACCCCCGCGGCACUCCCGACUCCCACCGCCCCGUCACCAACAGAAGAGCCGAUACCCGCCAGCGAGCCACCCGCUCCGAUGCCGUCCUGGCCGGAAGCGACUUCUUCCUCUUCUUCUUCUUCCACCACCGCCGUCCGCACCCGCGCACCGACGCCAACAGACCGGCUGGCCGCGGAGAUCCGCCGCGCCCGGCUCUUCCUGUACUCGCAGGCCUGCGUGGCCGAGGACGCGGUCAACGGCGCCAUGGCGCGGGCCUUCGCGCUCGAGGAGUCCUUCACGUCGACGGUGGCCUCGCUCGCGCCGCCGCGCGAGUCCGGCGAGAAGCUGAUGCCGGGCCUGAUCUACGUGCUGGUGGCGGGCAUGGCCGGCAGCAUCGUGGCGCGGAACCGGAACGUGCUGCUGCGCGGCGCGGCGCCGCUCGCGCUGGGCCUGGGCGCCGCGUGGAUGGUGAUCCCCGUGACGAUGGGCAACGUCAGCGGGCUGGUGUGGGAGUACGAGAAGAAGUUCCCCGCCGUGGCGGACGCGCAUCUGCGGACGCGGGAGGGCAUCGAGCAGGGGGUGUACAUGGCGCGCGUGCAUGCUGAUCUGGCGCAGAGGAAGGUGCAUGAGAGUGUAAAGGAUGCGAGGGAGGCGUUGGAGGCGUGGGUCAGGAAGGGGAAAUAAAUGGGUGUGAUUGAAAGGGCAGAAAAAGGAGGCCCCGGUGUGACGAAGCCGUGGGAAAUGAGUUAGAGCGAGGCGAACGGAUGUGUCCCUCCGCUUGUACAAGUACCAUAACUAGAAGUUUCUGGGCGGAUAGAGAAUAUUUGCUUUGGGAUGAAUAAGAUACUACUUCCGGUG